AUGGAGCCGCUAGACCCGACCCACUGGCUUUCCCUCUCAUCAGACUUCAACUCCACUCCCCCUCCAUACCUCUUUUCCUACCCAUGCCCCUUCAACAUCUCCUCCAACCUGUCCACUCAAAGCGUCCCCUUCCAGGGCAGCAGCACUCUGAUGACAGCAGUCAUCUCCCUCACAGUCUUCAUGGUGGGUCUGACUGGCAACACCCUGGCCAUAUACGUGGUGCUGCGCUAUGCCAAAAUGAAGACGGUCACCAACAUCUACAUCCUGAACCUGGCUGUGGCCGACGAGCUCUACAUCAUCGGGCUCCCCUUCCUCACCACACAGAACGUGCUCUCCUAUUGGCCGUUCGGCUCCUUCCUGUGCCGCGUGGUCAUGACCGCAGACUCUAUGAAUCAGUUCACAUCUAUCUUCUGCCUGACGGUGAUGUCCAUCGAUCGUUACCUGGCCGUGGUUCAUCCAAUCCGCAGCACCAAAUGGAGACACCCCCGCGUGGCCAAGGCCGUGAGCGCAGCUGUGUGGGCCAUGUCCUUCGUGGUGGUCUUACCUGUGGUCAUUUUCUCUGAUGUUCAGGACACAUUUAACUCCUGCAACAUGAUCUGGCCAGAGCCAAAGAACGUGUGGUCAACAGCCUUCAUUCUCUACACUGCCACGGUGGGCUUCUUCGGACCGCUGCUCAUUAUUUGCCUCUGCUACCUACUUAUCGUUAUCAAGGUGAAGUCCUCAGGGGCACGGGCAGGCUUCACCAAACGUCGACGUUCUGAGCGCAAGGUGACGCGAAUGGUGGUGGUGAUCGUGGUGGUGUUUGUGCUCUGCUGGCUGCCGUUCUUCAUCAUCAACAUGGUCAAUCUGGUGGUCAUCAUCCCAGAGUCCAGCGCCACUGCCGGCAUCUACUUCUUUGCCGUCAUCCUGUCCUACGCCAACUCCUGCGCCAACCCCGUGCUCUACUGCUUCCUGUCGGACAACUUCAAACAGAGCUUCAGUAAAGUGCUGUGUGUGAGGAGUAUGAGGUGCAAGGCAAGUGGUGUAGAUGACGGUGACCCCAGCGCCCCGCGCACUGAGAAGACCACGGCACACGACUGCGUCCUGCUCUCCACCCGUAACCAGGUCUACCACGACCCCCAGAGCAGCCAGAUCUCUCCCCAACCUCCAGGCUCGCCUACCUCUCACACAGCAGCAGAACUACACCGCUCCACCCCUACAUAUCUGUCUCCCUCCACUUGCCCAGGAAUCACAUCCACCACCGCCACGGUAACCUCCACAGCAGCCUCCAUGGUAACGUCCAUGGUAACCCCGACUGAACUUCCCACCAUAACUGCCCUGACUACACCCCCCUUGUCUGCAUCUAUAGGUCCACAGGAACAGUAA